CCUUGGCUCCCGCGGGGGGCUCGUCUGCCCUAGCGGCCCCAAGUCGGCCGCUUCCUAGCGGGGCCCGGGCUGGGAUGUCGACGAAGCCCCUCGGUGGCCCCAGCGGCAACAGCUCCCCUCGCUCGGCGGCAGCGGCGGCGGCUUCCUUAGCAAGAGAGCCCGGGGCUUGGGCAGCGCCCGCGGGCAAACAGCUGCUCUUCGUCACUCUGCCCGACAUCGGCGAGGAGGGCGCGCCCGACGCUGACCCCCAGGAAGAAGCCUCUUCGCCCAGAAAAGGGCUGUCUAAAGGAGUCGCAGACCGUUGCUGCCAAGGGAAGAAUGAAGAUUACCUUCCAGGGACUUUUACCAAAAGUGUACAAGAAGCAAUUGAUAACUAUGCUUUUGUUUCUGUUUCGUCAGUCUCUUCUAGUGGACAUACAACACCCACAGACUUGAAUAAUUCUUGGUCAGGGAUAAAGAGUUGUACUACUGGCCCAUCUACUGAAAGAAGCUCCGUUUACUCCUGGAGAGAUGAUGAGUUUGAUAAAGCUAAUACACAGAGAGUGCAUCAAUUAUUUCGGGAUGUGGAUGAAAUGCUGUUUGAAGGGAAAGUGCGAUCCCAAACUGAGAAUCUAAAAACAGAAUGCAAAGACUGGACCAACAGAUCACUUCACUUAAGGAUUUUGGGAAAACAGCUCCUUUUUCCAAAAGAUGAAGGUUUUCAGCAUUACCAGAGCAGAAAUGCCAGUUCUGUAUAUUCCAGAUCCUUACCUUGCCUGAGCGAAAUCACCGGCAGUAUGAAAGAGUUAUGCAUCUCAGGAUCUAAACUGGUUCCUGCAGCUUUUCCAGUGCACAAGGCAUUCAGCUCUGAAUUACCAGGGAUUUCUCUAACCGAGUCAUCUAUGUAUUCAUUUUUGGAAGAAGAAAUCUAUGAUACAGAAGGAAAAAUUGAAGAGUAUCUUGCAUUUGACAACAAGGAACUUGGUGAUGAAAGUUUGGAGCAAAAGAAUUCCCAACUUGCUCAAAAGAGGAUUAAACAUGGCAUCCCUCCUGUUUCCCCCAAUGCCUGCAUCAAAGACGCUGUGGCUGCCGAAGUGUUUGAUCACGUAUGGAAGAAUGUAAUUCAAGUAUUGGAAGAAUUAAUAAGAAAAUAUUGGGAAUCUUCUAUCACAGAGAAUGAGAAGCAAAUGGAGAAACUGAAAGCUACUGGAAAUAAAUUACCACAUCUAUCUGUUUCCCGUGCUGCCAUUGAUACAUCAAGUGUGCCUCCUUCAAGAGGGUCGGAAGCUCGAGGCAUGGCUUUUGGCUUGCAUUUUGCCCCCUCGCAGAUUCACCGUUUCCCAAGUAAUUUACACAGCGAUUUAAAUGGUGUCAUGACAAUUCAAGCUAAACCACUGCAACAGAGGCAUUCGGGGUUGGCAGAAAAGAUACAGAAUGAACAGGAAGACAAGCCACAUGGUGUAGGUUCCAGUGUUAACUCAGCACGAAAUCGGCUGGGGCGAAUUACUGAUAGCAGCGUUCUCUCAGCAUCGCGAGCAUUGCCUGGAUCCUCUAGGAAAACAGCGGGCCAUCGUAGGCUGCCAUCGAUAGCUACAGACCCACUGCGCUCAAAGACUCCCAAUGUUUACAGUGAUGAAGUCCUUAGGGGGACAAAAUUGUGCACUGCUUUAGAUCGCUUGUCCUCUCCUCUUCCACCUACAGCCCGGAACAAGUUACCACCAAUAAAUUCGGACACCGUUGAUCAAUAUCUUUCCAUUCCUGGAUCACGGCUAGGAUUUAAUAGGGGAAGGUAUCCUCACAACAGAAUAUCCAGUGCAGUACCUGAUGGUAUGGAACGGCGGCCACUUAGAGAACGAACUGUCAUAAAAGAUCAGUUUUCAAGACCUAAUACUACUCACACAUUCCGGUCAGAUACACCUCAUAAAAGGUCAUUGACUUCUAUGGAUUUUGCUAAUCAUAUGUGGACAGGUCAAGGGGUAUUGACAGGUACACAAUUCCAUGCCAAAACAUUCCAGAGAAAUCCAUCUGUCUCUAGGAGGAGAUUUCAAGUUGCUUCAUAACAUUUAACAGAACACAAAAAACCCACAGCACUCCAGCUACCAUUAGGAGGGAUGAAGUACCAGUAUUGAAGUUUUGUUUCAUAGUGUUGUAUAUCUCUGUGUAUGGCCCGUUUGAAAGUUGUUUCAACAAAGUCUUGCUGGAAAUGAGGAUGAUUACUAGGGAGGACAUAAGGACAGUGAUGGGGUUCACAUGAUCACAGAGGGAAAAUAAGACAUUGGUUUAUAUUCCCUCUCUGCAGAUGCUGGUUAUGAGCCAUCUAAUUCACAUCAUUACCCUCAUUGUGUGCCAGAUUCCAAACCUGGCAAGAAUGGCUGGCUGAGGUGAUUUACAAACCACUCUGAAACCCAUGGCUUGUUCUAGGAUUUCAGGGUGAUUGGUAACCUGCCCAGUGGCUUAUUUCUGGAAUGUGGAGUAAGAGCUGGUGCCAUUUGCCUUCUAAAGGCAUAUGCUGAUUUUAAUCAGAAAGUGAAAGUGCCUUCCUGGUUCCAUUUUCUUGUGUGGAUUGGGUACAAGUAACAACUUCAUCUGAGCCAGUUGUACCCCCCCCUUUUUUUAUUUUUGUUUUACAAUGAAUAGAGUAACUUUAACCAAAGACCUAGGCAAAUUACAUGAAAAUGGAAUGUUCCCUUACUUUUUACCCAAGUUUUGGACACGAAUCACAGCUCAGGCAGAACUGUGUAAAAACUCUCAAAAGCUUACCUUUGAGGCUUCAGGGAUCUGUUCAGUCUCUGUGCUAGUCCACAGGAUUCCCAAGCCUUAGGAAGACUGCUCUGUUUUCAAAGAUUUAAAAGGAUUUUAGCUAAGCUUCAGCUCAGUUCUAUAGAUAAGCUUUCCAGAGAUUAGACAGUUGGGGUAAGGAGUUGCUCAGCUUUCUUGAUCCUAAAGCUCCUGGAGUCAUUAAAACAAGUUUUUUUGGGUGUGUGUGUGUUGUGCACUUCCUUCUGGUGUUCAAGACCUAUAUGAAAAUUUGAUGGAUUUCAAUGGGUCUACUCUAAGUAGAACUAUCAUUGGCUACAACCCAGUGUUUCGACUCAGCUGUAGUAAGAACUUCUAUAUAUCCUUAAGAGUUUAUCCUAGGGAUGAUCAGAAGUUUAACAUAGCCCCAGUUAAUUUUGUUAUGAUUCGAUGGGUUGAAGUUACCCUGUAUUAUGCUCAACUUUGUUUUCCAGUUUAACUGGAACAAUCUUGAAAAACAAUUUUGGAAUUGGUAAAUGACCAAUUUGCUGCAGGUUUUUCUUUUCUUUAUAUGUUAUCUAUGAAUACAACCAGAGCUUCGGCUAU